AUGCGCGCGGGUUUCCCGGGCUUCUCCGCCCUGCUGCUGGCGGCCGAGCAGAGCGCGCGUCUCUGCGCCAUGUUUCGUUAUUUCAUCACAGGACAGCUUCUUUGGGGAUCACUGGCCUUCUCUGUCCUACUGCCCGGCUUCUUGGUCCAGGGCCUGAGUUAUCUAUGGUUUUGAGCAGAUGGACAACAAGGUCAUUGCUCUUUGGUGAUUCUGCACCUCCUACAGCUUGGUUUUUGGAAAUGGCACGGGGAUGCUGCAUCAGCCGCUGUGUCAAAGAAAUGGGAGGCCCCCCCAGGCCAACUGCUGCUGCAGGAGGCUGACCUGUCGGCCCUCCGGCUGUUGGAAGCCCUGCUUCAGACCAGGCCCCACCUGUUGCCUCAAACAUAUGUUUUUCUAGCCUCUGACUUCACAGAUACUGUGCCAAGUGUGAGUGCCGUGUUCUCCUGGCCCUCACUGUCCUGGGCCCUGGUGUCCUAUGCCCAUUUCAGGGGCUUCGUGAAGCCAGGACACCUGUCCAUGCCAUGGGCUGCCCCCUUAUGCCAGCAAUUCUGGAGGAUGGGCAUGUUGGGAGCUCAUGUCCUGAGUCUGGUUCUCUUUUACAAAGCUUACCACGUUUGGGUUUUGGUAGUUGGAGGAAAAUUGGAAAUCAUCAAAAAUGAAAUGGAACGCAUACAGAAUGAUAUCCUAGGCUUUAGUGAGCUGAAACGGACUGGUGUUGGUCAUUGUGAAUUGGACAGUCAUACAGUCUGCUAUGCAGGGGAUGACAGCUUGAAGAGGAAUGGCAUUGCAUUCAUCGUCAAAAAGAACAUUUCAAGAUCUAUCCUGAAGUACGAUCCUACCCGUGAUAGGAUAAUAUCCAUACGCCUACAAGGAAGACCUGCUAAUAAGAUCAUUAUUCAAAUUUACACACCAACCACUAAGGCCAAAGAUGAAGAAAUUGAAGAUUUUUACCAACUUCUGGAGUCUGAAAUUGAUCCAGCAUGCAAUCGGAAUGCGCUGAUAAUUACUGGUGAUUGGAAUGCAAAAACUGGAAACAAAGAAGAAGGAUUGAUAAUGCUGAUGGAGAACAUCGUCCUUUUGUUGUUGGCUCCGUAUUUUCUCCGGGAGGCUUCGUGGAGCAGCCUGUGGAUGACAGCAUGUGUCAUGUCUGGAUUCGUGAUUGGCAGUGUCUCACUGGUAAUUUAUUACAGCCUGCUACAUCCAAAAUCCACAGACAUCUGGCAGAGCUUCAUAAGGAAGUCCUGUGGCAUUGCAGGUGGUGAUAAAACAGAGAAAGAAUCUUCUCUCCGGGCUGCAGCCCCAGCUGAGGAGAGGAUGGAGAGCCCGGACGUGUGCCAAGGGAAAGGCUCUGAGUUGACAUGUCUGGGGACUUCACCCAGCCCGGAGCAGGACCCACCACAGGCUGGUCUGGGAAGCCAGGUUGCCAAGGAAGACUCUUCCCUGGGACACCACCACUGGCUGUUGGUGAAACUUGCCUUAAAAAUUGGAAAUGUGUCAAAGAUCAACGCAGCCUCUGGAGAUGAAAAUGCGGGCUGCUUUUGCCCUCUUGUAUGGCAGUCGAGUCAACACUGCAACCAACAAAGAAAGCCUUUCUUUUCCCAGCAAGAAUUCCCAUCAUCACCCUGGGACACCCAAGCCUUAAAGAAAGGCUCUGAGGUUGAAUGUGCCCCUAAAGCAGAGGCCAAGCCUUUGGCAACCUCAAGCUACGUCUCUUUCACCAGCGAUCAUCACAACAGUGCACCUACCCAGAACCUGUCAGCUACGCAGGGGGAAGACAGCCCAAAGGAGGGGGUUGUGAUUUUGCUGCAUGAAGCCGUAGCUCCUGAGGCCCAGGGAAGGGGUGUGAAUGGGCAGCCAAGAGAAGGGGAAGGGCAGGAGAGCUCCACGCUAUACUUCAGUGCCAUCAAGGAAGGGACUGUACCUUCACACCAAGAAUGCAAGGCAUCUCCACAGAUGUUCCACUCUGGGAGAAGGCUAGGAAAGAGCAACCCUGCCCAGGCUGCCUCACCUCAGCCAGUUGUUAAACCCUUUCCUAUCAGCAUGGCUGGUAUUAGCCCCAUCCUAGGCAUGGGCCCAGGCAAAACCUUCUGCCCCAGUACAGACUUCUCUGGAGGGACCCCAGGUAGCUCAGACUGUGGGGAGCAGCAGGAACCCCCAAGGAACCUAAAUGAUCAUGCCAUAGUAGACACGUGGAUGUCAUUGCUAAAGCCUAGACUGAGGCUGGGGGAUGAGCCCUGCAUCACAUCGACCCCUAAGUCUGAAUCCAUCCAAAGGGACUGCAGCUGGAAAAAAAACAAGAGAGGAGUUUUUUCAUCUGAUCUGAGUCGUGAUGGAAUAAAACUGUAGACCAGCAAACCAAACAGUUCAUCAAGGUGUCACAUGAUAAGCAAACUGGUCUGGGGUUUAGGAAACCCCCACUUCUGGCACUAUAUCCUUGAGCAAACCACUUCUCUCUCUGGCCUGCCAUUGCUCAGCUGAAAAAUUUCUAAGAUGCCCUUGUGAACACUACGUACCACACAUAGCCAUGCACUGUAUUCUUUCAAAUGUGGUGUGGGAGGAAGAGAAAAGACUUCCAUUCAAAUUGCCUUUUGUGAACUGUAUUAUUUAUCCCUUUUUUAUUUUUUUUGGUGUGACAUCCAGGGAACUCAAAAGAUAAAAUGCAGAGUCCUACAUUAUUCUAGGCUCUUGUUAGCUAGGUUAGCUUCUCCUGUCACUAAGUGGUUAUUAAUGUCUCUUUUCAAAGAUGUAUUCUAACUACAUUAUUUUAUGAAAUCUCAUGGUAAGGUAAUAAAGAUCUUUUCCGGAAGUCUGAGAAAUUGAUGGCUAUAAUCCUCAAUAUAAAUGACCCUGAAAAUGCAGGUGUCGUUCUGAGAGUCCCAUGCCACUUUGGCAGAGCCUAAAUGAUAUUUUCCUUUAAAUACUCAGCCCUCCUUCCUGAAGGCCAGCCAGU